GGGUAUUGAAGUCAUUUGAGAGAAUAAAGAAGAUAUCAGAAACAGCCGAUAUUGAAUAUAGGCAUUAAAAGCAGCAAACUUUUAUCAGUGCCACACACUUUGAAUUGCUUUUUAACUUUGCUUUUGUUCAAGCUGUACUGUAACAGGCCGGCCAUCCAGCAGCAGGUAGGUAAAUGCAUCUAUCCAUCUCCUGCCCUUACAGAUCCUUUCCUUAGCUUUGUAUAUUAGUAUCACAACUCUCAUUCUAUUUCCCCCUCUUCUCCCUCUGCUUUAGAAAAAGAAAAAAAGGAUGCAAUGUUCAAAAGAAGCAAUUGCAAGGCUGUUCUACAAUGCCUCAGCCUCAUUUCAACUUUUCAUGCUCUUCUCAUAUCUCUCCUUUAUUCUUCUUGUUACCAUCCUUCACUUUCUUGGUGGUGACCUGUUUUAUGGAAGGGCUGCAUAUGAUGAGUUCAUUGACACAUACUCUGAUGAUGAAGAAAAAGUAGUGGAAGAUGAAGUUGAGUAUGAUGAAUACUACCAUGGUACCCCUGUUAGUGUGUCAUCAAGACAACAUCAUCAUAUCCAGAAUCAUCAUCUGCAACAUAGUAGAAGCUUCCAAGAUUGUCAUGAUGAUGAUGAUGGUGAUGAUGAUGAUGUGGCUCCCAAAGAAGAGGGAGAUGAUGAAGUAGUAGAGGAAAUCAAAAGUGUUGUCAAUGAAGAACCACCCUGCAGCAUUUGGACCUCAUCAUCAACAUCAGCCAUGGAGACUAAUGUUACUAGCCAUGGAGAAGUGGCUGAUGAUGAAGAGAAUAUUCCAAGUAGGGACAAUCAUAUUGGUUAUUCUAAAACAAGUGUUCACCGCCUGGACAUGUCACGUGAGAAUAAUAAAGCUCGUAUAGAUAAUUUUCCCAAAGAGAUGAUGAGAAAAGAAAAGAGAGUGGAGGCAAAUGGUAUGAUUCAACCAGUGGAGGAGAAGUUGUUGCACGCGCCACCACCCAAGGUGGAGAGCAAGAGGUUGCACUUUCGAGAAGAAGAAAAAAACGAAGAAGAUAUAUUCGGAGAUUCCUGCACCGUUGGAUCCACUUCAAAGAGCUCGUCGGAAUGGAGAAGCUCCAUCAAGGAUUCCUGCACCGAAGAUCCAUUUUCUUCAUCUUCCAGAAGAAGUUGCCCCAAGUGGGAGUCAUAUACUCUUUUCCAAAAGUAUGACGAAGAAAUGCUGUUUUUGGACAGAAUUAGUGCUCAAAAACUCCGUGAAACAGAAUCGCUUAGGUUAAGACUACAAUCAAAUAAUCCAAGAUCAGUAUCAGAUAGGAUUGUACAUAAGUUUAGACGAAAAAAACGGGGACCGUUGGAUCCAUACAAUGAUCUAGAAGCAGCUUACGUGGCACAAAUAUGCUUGACAUGGGAAGCUCUGAAUUGGAAUUACAAGCAACUCCAGCGCCUACUGGAUUUGCGGCGGCGGCGGCGGCCGGCGAAUGAACCGGAAGACCGGGGCUGCCCUGCCUACGUUGCUCAGCAAUUUCAGCAGUUUCAGGUUCUUCUCCAGAGGUACAUAGAGAAUGAACCAUUUGAACAUGGAAGGAGGCCUGAGGUUUAUGCUAGGGUGAGGGGCUCAUCCCCAAAGUUACUCCAAGUGCCUGAAUAUAGAGAUUCGGACGAGGAGAAAAGAGAAGAAGGAUUUUGUUCCAGGAUUCUUUCAGAUUCAUUCCUUCAAAUAAUGGAGGAAUCAAUCCGGACAUUCAUGAAUUUUCUCAAAGCAGACAAGGAGGGCCAUUAUUGUCAAAUGAUAGCAUCUUUUUUCAAGAAAAGCAAAAGCAGACCAGGCUCAGCUGAUCCACUCCUUCUUUUGAACCUCCAAAAAGUAAACAAAAAAAAAAAAAGAAAGCUGAAAGAUAUGAAGCAGACGGGGAAGUUGCACCUGAGAAAAAUAAAGUUAAAACAGAAGGACGAAAUGGAGAUUUUGAUGGCACAAAUAGACUUGAAAGUUGUUUGUAGAGUUUUGAGAAUGAAAGAGGUGAAUGGGGAUCAAUUGCAUUGGUGCAAGGAGAAGAUGAACAAAGUGAAGAUAAAGGAAGAUAAUGGGAUGCUCCAAAGAGAUUCUUCACCACUUUUCUUCCCCUCACACUGACCCACCCAUUUCAGCCUACAAAAUUUAAGAAAUCACAUAUUAUUCAUUUAUGGAGUCAUGGAUGACUAUAGAUUUAGACAAUCCUUUUUAGUGAGACAGUCCCACAAAAAAUGAUUGUUUGUAGUGAUAGAUGAUCAUCUAUAUAACUUCAUAAAGGAUUCAUAUAUGAUUCCAUAAAACUACUCUAGACUUAGAUGAUAGUUAUAGUAGAAUAUGUACAUUCAUUCAUGUUGUAAUUUAAAACUUUUAUUUAUAUGGUAAACACCCUACCAUGAGCCCUAUACUAUCACCAAUGUAAAU